ACGCAGGUGAAUCCCAUCUGAGGCAAAGCAGGUGGUCUGCGCACACCAAGAUACAGAGAGAGAGAGGGAGAAAGAGAGAAAGAGGGAAGUAGCGCGCGGCACAGUGGUCGGGCUGCACACCAACAACAACCAACCUGUGGAUAGAGCGCGCGCGGUGCGCCAUCGCCACCUCUCCUUUUCUGAUUUGAAGCCCGACAUCCAUCAUCCAUGGUCCGGGAGAGGAUGCCGGGUUCAUACACCAGAGGAGGAGAGCAACCUAAAAGUUGAGGGGUCGUGUGCCAGUCCUCAUCCCUCCUCCUUCCCACCUCAGCUUCAUGAAUGGCAGCACCAUGGAGGAGAUGCCGUUCGAAAGAGUUAAGACGCGGCGGAGGAAAGGUCGCUGCCCGCCCGGCACACCACUGGGAUCCAUCGAGUGCGAGGAUGAAUUCAAAAGCCAGGAGCUGGAAACUCUCUUCCAGACCUACAACCUGAAGCUGGAGCAGACCGCUACCCUCAAGGCUCUGGCGGUGCUCAUCGUGGCCGCGUCGUCGCUGUCUCUGGUGGAGCUGCUGUCCAGCCAGCGGCUCACCUUGUCAAAGGGCUCCUACCCGGUGCACUGCGUGGUGUUCCUGUCGCUCUUCAUCGUCACCAACGUCAAGUACCUGCAGGUGACGCAGCUGCAGCAGAUCGCCAAGCUUGCCCUGCUGUUCAGCUUCACCUUUGCGCUGCUCUGCUGUCCGUUCCCACUUGCGUUAGGCACGGCGGACGCGGUGAGCGCCGCAGCCCCGGAGCAGGGUGUAUGGCAGCUCAUGCUGGUCACUCUGGUGGCUUACGUGCUGCUGCCUGUGCGGACGCUGCUGGCCGUGUUGUUUGGGGUGAUGCUGGCUACAGCCCACUUCAUUGUAAUUGCGACCUCCGUGGCCGGGAAGAGGCAGAAACCGUGGAGACCGCUGGUGGCCAACGCGGUGCUUUUCACCAGUGUCAACCUUUCGGGGGUGUUUGUGAGAGUUCUCACCGAGCGCACUCAGAGAAAGGUCUUUCUGCAGGCUCGCAAUUGCAUCGAGGAGCGGUUGCGGCUGGAAGACGAAAAUGAGAAACAGGAGCGUCUCCUAAUGAGCCUGUUGCCAAGAAAUGUUGCUAUGGAGAUGAAGGAGGACUUCCUGAAGCCACCGGAGAGAAUUUUUCACAAGAUCUACAUCCAGCGCCAUGACAAUGUCAGCAUCCUGUUUGCAGACAUUGUGGGAUUCACCAGCUUGGCUUCUCAGUGCACUGCUCAGGAACUGGUCAAGCUGCUCAAUGAACUCUUUGGGAAGUUCGAUGAAUUGGCAACGGAGAAUCACUGCAGGCGCAUAAAAAUUUUGGGUGACUGUUACUAUUGUGUGUCAGGACUAACGCAACCCAAGGCAGACCAUGCUCACUGCUGUGUGGAGAUGGGACUGGAUAUGAUUGAUACAAUCGCGUCGGUGGUUGAAGCAACAGAGGUGGAUCUAAAUAUGCGCGUUGGACUGCAUACCGGACGGGUUCUGUGUGGUGUGUUGGGCCUGAGGAAGUGGCAGUACGAUGUCUGGUCAAACGAUGUUACAUUGGCAAAUGUGAUGGAGGCCGGUGGGCUGCCUGGUAAGGUGCACAUUACAAGGACCACCAUGGAGUGUUUAAAUGGAGACUAUGAGGUGGAACCCGGUUUUGGCCAUGAGAGGCAUGCCUUCUUGCAGAAGCACCACAUCGAGACUUUCUUCAUCGUGCCUUCGCACCGACGUAAAAUUUUCCCUGGUAUUAUCCUGUCAGACAUCAAACCAGCCAAGAGGAUGAAGUUCAAGACGGUGUGCUAUCUGCUGGUGCAACUCAUGCAUUGUAGGAAGAUGUUCAAGGCUGAGAUCCCCUUCUCUAAUGUCAUGACCUGUGAGGACGACGACAAGCGGCGAGCUCUGCGGACUGCAUCAGAGAAGCUGAAGAGCCGAACAUCCUUUUCAGCCACCGCUGUGCAGCACUCCCCGGCCACAAGAGUCAACCGUUACAUCGGUCGGCUUAUUGAAGCACGGCAGACCGAGUCCAGGACAUCGGACCUGAACCAAUUUACCCUGUUUUACAGGAGUAGAGACAGGGAGCACAGGUAUCACCAGGUUUAUGAUGACCAUUUCAUCAGUGCGGUGGUUCUCUCUCUGAUCCUGGGUGCUCUGUUCAGCCUUAUCUAUCUACUAAUGAUCCCACAGGGGAGGUUGGUGUUGCUACUGUUGGUGCUGUGUGUGUGUUUCCAUGUCGCCUGUGUGAUGUACCUGCAUCUCACCAAAGUUCAGUGCCAACCAGGAUGUCUGACCAUCCAGAUUCGAACAGUCCUCUGCAUCUUCUUGGUUAUGCUCACCUACUCUGUUACACAGGCCUGUGUGGCGGGUUGUGUGCCUUGGGGUAAAAUUGAGAGGAACUCUAGCCGUUUUGUGGAAGACAUCCCUGCCAAUGCCCUCGGCGUUGGACGUUCCAACAGCUCCACAGUGGACAGGAUGGUUCCCAGCAUGGCUUAUGCCCUGCUGUCCUGUGUGGCGGGGACCCUAACUGUAGUCCCUUACCUCCGUGUUUCAUCUCUCCCUAAGAUUUUGCUGCUCUUCAUCGUCUCUGUUACCUACACGGCGGUUAUGGAGAGCAGUGGCUACCGACAGGCGGUGGGUGGCGGCUUUCUUCACACAAGGGGCUACGAUCCAGUGUUGGCUGUCCUGCUGUUUUCAGGAGCUCUGGCUCUUCAUUCCAGGCAGUUGGAUUUGAAGCUGCGGCUUGACUAUCUUUGGGCAACACAGGCAGAAGAGGAGAGAGAUGAUAUGGAGAAGGUAAAGCUGGACAAUAAGAGAAUACUGUUCAACCUGCUUCCAGCUCAUGUGGCUCAGCACUUCCUGAUGUCAAACCCAAGAAACAUGGACCUUUAUUAUCAGUCCUAUGCUCAAGUUGGUGUUCUGUUUGCCUCCAUCGCCAACUUCAAUGACUUCUACAUCGAGCUGGAUGGGAACAACAUGGGAGUCGAGUGCCUGAGGCUGCUCAAUGAGAUCAUUGCGGACUUCGAUGAGCUCAUGGAUAAAGAUUGCUACAGGGAUAUUGAGAAAAUCAAGACCAUUGGUAGUACAUAUAUGGCUGCAGUGGGGCUGGUCCCUACAACUGCUUCUAAGACAAAAAAGUCCAUCACUUCACACUUACGCAUGGUGUCAGACUUUGCCAUUGAGAUGUUUGAUGUUCUUGAUGCCAUCAACUACCAGUCCUACAACGACUUUGUCUUAAGAGUAGGAAUCAACGUUGGCCCUGUGGUGGCAGGAGUGAUUGGAGCCCGUCGGCCUCAGUAUGAUAUCUGGGGAAACACAGUAAAUGUAGCCAGCAGGAUGGACAGUACAGGAGUUCAAGGAAAAAUACAGGUGACAGAGGAUGUCUACCGCCUCAUUUCCGACUACUACAACUUUGUGUGUCGGGGUCAAGUCAGUGUGAAGGGCAAAGGCCAGAUGCUUACAUACUUUCUGGAGGGAUGCAGGAAAGGGAGCAGGCCAUCUCAGAGCCAGCAGCCACAGCACACCAACAGUGAGCGACGGUCGAGCGCCUUUACCCACAGCAGUGUUUGCACCAAGCUUAGUCCCACACAAACAGUGACCAGCUACUCAAACAUCAGGACCCCGAGCCCAGGCGUGCCGAAAGUUACCACAUCCACCAGCACUACCAGGUAUCUGCCAUCAGCUUCUGCAGCAGUGGUGUAAUGCAUGCUAUCCCAAAGAGAGUUUGGGA